AAAAACGUCCGUUCUCAAAAUCCGUCCGACUGCGGCACCAUCAGCAGCACGAAAAGUAACGUGUGCGCCACCAACCAAGAAAACUGACUGAAAACACAAGUUUAUCAGAAGCAUUGUCACUGAAAUUAAAGCAGCAUGUCAGAGGCUUUAGUCGGGCGAAUAAAGGAGCUGGAGGCAGAGCUGCAGAAGCUCCAGUCCCAGCUGAAGGAGAGGAGUGAAGCUGGAGAAGACCUGGAGCUGAUGACAGACUGCAAACCUGAUUCUAACACAAGCAGCAGGGUGAGAAAGGGUAAGAAAGCCAGCAAAGAGCGUCCUUUUGACUUCUCAGCCCACCCUCGACGUCAUGUGGCUCUGCGGCUGGCUUACCUGGGCUGGUCCUACCAGGGGUUUGCAGUUCAGGAGAACACAGACAACACGGUGGAGGCCAGACUCUUUGAAGCUCUGCUGAAGACGAGGCUGAUUCAGGACCGACAGAGCUCCAACUACCACCGCUGUGGUCGCACUGAUAAAGGAGUCAGUGCCUUUUCCCAAGUCAUAACCAUCGAUCUGCGCUCCACACAGUUUUGUGGAGGACUGGGCAUCACAGUCCCUGAACACGUUGAUGUUACUGCCAAGAAUAAAGCUACUAGCUCUGAGCUUCCUUAUGUAAAGAUGAUGAACAGAGUCCUGCCCCAGGACAUCAGGAUCCUGGACUGGGCCCCAGCAGCAGAGGGCUUCAGCGCACGCUUUGACUGUCAGUCCCGAACGUACCGGUACUACUUCCCCCGCGGAUCCUUGGAUGUGAUGUUGAUGGCAGAGGCUGCAAAAAGAUACGAGGGCACUCAUGACUUCCGCAACAUCUGCAAAAUGGACGUGGGCAACGGAGUCCUGCAGUUCCAGAGGACAAUCCUGUCAGCUUCAGUCAAGCCUGCGCAGCCUCAGCACGUCUCCAGCACGGACCAGUAUGACCUCUUCAUAUUUGAAAUCACAGGGCUGGCCUUCCUUUACCACCAGGUGAGAUGCAUGAUGGCUCUGCUUCUCCUGAUUGGGCAGAAACUGGAAGCCCCGGAAAUAAUUAAUCAGCUCCUGGAUGUUCAGAGUAACCCCAGGAAGCCCCAAUACAGCAUGGCAGUAGAUUACCCGCUAGUGCUGUACGACUGCCACUUUGAAGGUCUGAGCUGGAAACAGGAGAAUGAGGAGGUGAACCUCGCCCUGUCUGCACUGCAGCAACACUGGACCCAGAGCGCUGUCAAGGCCCACGUCCUCCAUGGGAUGAUCCAGGGUUUGGAGGCCAUAGGUGGAGUCUCCUCUAACCACUGCUGGCUGGUGGAAGGCACCCGGCAGAGGAACUACCGGCCUCUACUGGAGCGUCCGUGCUGCGAGAGCCUGGAGUCCAGGAUUAACCAUUUUGUGAAAAGAGGAAGGCUGGAGCGGGAGGAAGGAGAGAACGGAGGUGAAAUGAUCCACAGAGGGAAAAAGUCCAAACAUUCCCACAAUUCCCACAAUCUUCCCGUUUCUUCAGAGACGGCAUCAUCAAAACAAAGUGCAGAUCAAAAAGCAGAAGAUUAAUAUUUUCUCACAGGAGAAUGGACUCGCCAAAGUAUAUUUUGCAGUAUUUUUUGUUAAUGCAGAACAUUUUUAUUUUGAAGUUUAACAAAAAACAAUGGAUUUACCUUUUUUUAUUAUUUCAUAAAAAUUGUGUAUUCACAUUUUUAUUCAUGCAAAUCUUUGUUUUGCUGUGAAAUAAACAGUUUGGAGAAACUGGC